UCUAGUAAUCUAGUCGAGUUGAUCAAAAUCAAAACACAAACGUAAAUAAAUAAUUUAAAAAUGUGAGAAUUAUACGAAACACAGAUAGUAUUUAUUAUGAAGGACGAAGAAAGAAUUACCCGACUGGUUUACUUGAGCAGAAUAAUAUUAAUAGUGCUGCAAUUUUUCGCAAAUCAAGUUAUCCCAGAUCAUGACGCCAAAGUUUUUCAGUAUCCUGCAGAACAAAAUAAAACCCAAUACGACAACGUUAUCAAUUACUUCUUAGGAGGUUUUGUGAGGUGGGAUGCCCAGUAUUUUAUGCAUAUCGCCAAGUAUGGGUAUACUUACGAAAAUACUUUAGCAUUUUUUCCUUUGUACCCUGUAAGUGUUGGGAGUAUUGCAGAUCUUAUUUGCGAUGUUAUAGGAAGACAGUAUGUGGACUCGGUCUUAAUUCUGACAUACAUUUUAGUUAAUAUCUAUAUUUUUAAACAUGCAGCUUUAUGUCUUUAUAAACUAACAGAGAUUUUAUUUGAUAAAAAGACAGCCUACGAUAGUGCUGUAGUUUAUUGUUUUAACCCAGCCUCAGUUUUCUUUAUUGCACCUUACACAGAGUGUUUGUUUAGUUUUCUAACAUUUCAGUCGAUUUUAAAUUGUCUUACAUUAUAUGAAAAGUAUUCGAAACCUGAUAAUAAGUUUGUUGUAAAGGAUCUUCUGCUGAUUUUACCUAUAGCUCUUAGCACAGCAACAAGAUCAAACGGUGUGUUAAAUAUAGGUUUUUUAAUUUAUACUUUUAUCUGUUUGAAAUUGAAUAACUCAAAGAAAAAGAAACAAUCAAUAUUACAGGGUCUCUAUACAGCAUUGAGGUAUGGUUUUGCUAUAAUUAUGACUACUGUAGAUUGUUUAUUACCGUUUAUUUUGUAUCAGUAUUACUGUUACCUAAGAUUUUGUCAGACAUUUCCCGUGAAUUUACCUGGAGUAAUUCUGGAACAUGCCAGACAAAAUAAGUUUAUUUUACCAGGAAGUUACAAGAAGAACCAGCAAAAAUGGUGUAAGAAAACAAUACCUCUUGCCUAUUCUUAUGUGCAAGAUCAAUACUGGAACGUGGGUUUUAUGAAAUACUACGAAUUCAAACAGUUGCCAAAUUUUCUCUUAGCCCUACCUAUAUUGUGCAUUAUAAGUUUUUGUUCCUUCAAGCAUUUAUUUACUAAUCUAUUUAAAAGAAAUCUAUUUUCAAAUUUAUUUACAAUGGGUAAUAGUAUUAAAGCAAACAAAGCCAAAGCAGGACUGUAUCAACCAAAGUUAACUGUAUUUUAUAUACAUGCUCUUUUUCUAUCAAUAUUUUGUACUUUCUUCAUUCAUGUUCAGGUUUCAACGAGAAUUUUGUGCUCUGCAAGUCCAGUUUUCUACUGGAUCUGUUCGAAACACUUAAACCUGCUCAGAUUACCCUCAAAGUCUGAUAGUUUACGAGAGUUGUUCCUCAGAACUUAUGUUGUAAGUUACUUUAUUGCUGGCACUAUGCUGUUUUGUAAUUUCCUACCCUGGACCUAAAUGUACUGUGAUUUAAAUGUUUUAUUUUACUAAUUUUUAACUUUAUGUAUGAUAGAAAUAAAAAUGCCAUAAACUAAA